AUGGCAGAAGCUAGCACUGCCGACCAGCCGAACCGCCAUGAAGUCUUCACAAUCAUGCAUCACAUCGAGAGCGCGUCCACACCCCCUCUUCGACAGGCAGAUACGCACAAUGUCAGCAGAAUGGUCUACAUCUACGACACCGUUGAGCGGGCGACUCAGCACGCACGUCGCUACGCUCAAGAACGAUGCUAUACCCUUGGUCUGACAAAAUCUGCGGCGGAGGACGGACAUUGGCAUGAUCACUCUGAUGCGCUGCUGGGCUGGGGGUGGAGAAUCUUGGUGAUGGCGCCGGGAAAGACGGUGGAUGGACUGUACCAUCCUGGUGAGAUGAAGCAGAAGGAAUUGAUGUGGGUUGAGAGGCAGUGGAUUUGUGUUGGUGUGUGA